CCACCUCACACCACCCUUUACCAGCCCCACCCACCUGCAUACCUGGCUGGCGAGGUGUGAAUCGGCGCUGCCCCGGCGGGUCUUGGAGCUUCUACAAUCCGAGCGAGGUGAACCCUCGGGCUCCCCUCUCCAACACCGCUUGUCCCUCGAGGUUCAGGCCAUGCGAUACGCCGACCAAGUGGCAGCAUCGCGGGCAAUGGACCCAAACCCAUACUCCGGCCACACGCAACGCCUCUUCUCCCUGGCCGGGUACGGAGCAGGAGACUGGAUCCAUGCCAUUCCCAUCCUCCCCUCCCUCCGCCUCGAAGCCCCACACUUCGCCAUUGCCCUGGCCUUCCGCUUCGGCCUUCCGUUCCCAGCCCCCCGCAACUGCAACUGCGCCGAGGAAUUCGAAAUCCUUGACACACGGCUGCCCAAUCACCUCUUUCGGUGUGGCACUGGGCACGGGCGGACAGACACCCAUGAUGCCCUGCGGGAUGAGAGCAUCUGGAUGGCCCGGGAUGCUGACUUCAUAGUCACUAAGGAGACAACCAUCUACAGCCCUGUCGACGGCCACAAGGCCGACCUCGCAAUUCGCGACCGCAGCUCCGGCGCCGUCUGGAUCUGCGACGUCACCGUCACAGACCCCAUCAGCAGCCGGGACCCGGAUGCACGGACAGGACGAGGAUACAUGGCCCGAGAGCAAGCUGACAAGAAGAUCUACCACUACCGCAACCGGGCUCCCUAUGUUGGUUUCUUCCCACUGGCGGUCGAGACAUACGGCUGCCCCUGCGCCGAAGUCCCUACCUUCCUGAAGUUGCUGGCGGACACAGGGGCCAGGAGGCUCUUCAAUGCGGACCCCAGCUCCUACCAAGCAGCAAAACUGCUCCAUCAGUUCCGCCAGCGCUGGUCCGUGACGCUCCAGCGGGCGCAGGCCUUGGCUUACCUGGGCAAAGUUAACGAAGCCUCCCCUGCCCCCCACACCCCCGUGGAUACCCCCGACGCCGACAUGGCUCUAGGGGACUGCUUUGCCGUGGCAGAGCCCCUAGGGGAGCUCGAGUAGGCUUGGGCCCCUUAAACAUGCACGUACCUUGUCUCGUUGCCUUCUGCCUGCCUAGCCUGUACCCAGGUUCCAAGCGAUAAACGGACCGCUUGAGAGAGAGAGGAGUGUGGGGCACAUGGAUGCACGGAUAAAUGCACACCUUUUUGUGUCUUUUUUCAUGUCUGUGCUGGUGCUGGUGGUGUGUGUGUGUGUGUGUGUGUGUGUGUGCGUGUGUGUGUGUGUGUGUGUGUGCACACGGGUGUGUCCAUGUGCAUGUAUGUGUGGGAGUACGUGCGUGCGUGUGUGUGCAUGUGCGCAUGUGCAUGUGCGUGUGUGAGCACAUGCACGAGUCGCAGCUGGAGUCGCAGGAGUUGAAGCAGCAGGUGCAGCCACACGCCUCGCAUCUCCUUGUGCUCUCCACCAUCUCUGCCUCCUCGCCCUCCGCACCCCUGCCGCCCAAGUAUGACG